AUGAAGUUUGCACUGGUGAGCUGGUCAAAAGGGAAGGAUAAAGAUGCUCUCAGUGUAGUCCCCGUAAAUUGGAUCGUAGACUUUGAUCCUAAAGACUCUAACAAAGAGUAUCUUAUCGAGUGCGGCAGUGAAAAGGAGUCUACGCUUAAGACUGCUGAGCAGAAACUCUUGCAAGAGGGCACACCAAAAAGUAAGAAGAGAAAGAGGGUACCCAACAAAUUCUUCCUUGACACACAGGAGGAAACUGUAGAACAAGUUGGAAAAAAGAAAAACUACAAAGUCAAAGCUGCAAGACAGUCUGAAUUGGAGGUUCUUUCCCGAGAAGAACCUAACCUCAGCCCAGUGGACACUUCAGAGGCACUUGAGGAGGAGAACAGGGCCCUUAGGGAGGAGAAUAAAAUACUAUGGGACCAGCUGAGUGGAGGAUCUCCUGCAGGCAGUAAAGAUCUUGAGACCCAAGUCAAGGCUUUAAAUAAGGAGAACACCAGGCUGCGCAACAUGGCAGUUAAAGAAAUUCCAUCACUCUUAUUGGCUGUGAAGACCCUCAUUUCCAAUAAGAUCACAAGCUCAAGCUUGUCAAGCUAUGGAGGUGAAAGCGAAUAUGAGGCCAGUGUUGCUCUACCAUCACCCCAUCAACCCACAUCUCCCAAACCAACAUCUGGGAUGAUGACUCCACCAGAGUAUCCAGCCAUUGUUGGGAGACUGCAAAAGCACAACCCACAGCAAAUGGAAUGGCCCGCACCCUCCUGCUGGGCCUGUUCAGCACUGAUGUCCUACUGAAGUCCAACCUGACGGGAGGGGUCAACAAGGUCGAUCCAUCUGCAGAGAGACGUCAGCCUCUGGACCCCAAGAAGCUUAAAGCUUUACUCGAUGCAGUUGUUCAGCACUACCCAGGGGCGAAGCUUCCUGACAUAAGAACAGCCAUAAACAAAAGGAUCUAUGAAUUAAGGCACCAGCAGAAGAAGAAGUCCAUGGACAGCUGAAGGACUGGCACAGGGCCUUGAUAAAUUGGCAUGUUUGCACUUAAGGAUUAAGGGUUAAGGGUUUUUUCCACUGAGGGAUUGUUCUGUUUUUAUAACAAUAAAGACAUAACCGUUUUUUUCAAUUAUAGUUUUUUUUCUCCAUGAUUGGAUUACAUACAAAUGUUGAAAACAAG